AUGUAUGACAUGUCUGGUACAAGUCAAAAUAGACAAUCACAAUGUCUACACAGGGAGGUACCGUUUGGAUCUGAGUUUGUAGUAGAAGCUGACAUGGUUGAGAAAGUCAUUCAGUCUCUGAGGGGCAAUAAGGCUCCUGGUUCGGACAAUAUCUGUGAGGAACACUUGAUGUAUGCCCCAGUUUCUAAGAUUGUAGAACUUGUGUUAGCGGAUAUGUUACGAGAAACUAUAGAUUAUUUCAAUAUGAGAGGAUCUCCUGUAUUUUCUUGUUUUAUGGACGCCUCUAAAGCUUUUGACAGGAUCAGUCAUGAUAAAUUGUUUGGCAUCUUGGAAGAUCGAGGUGGUGUCCUUUCACCAUUAUUGUUUUCUAUUUACAUCGACGAUCUAUUGCUAAAGAUUAACAGGUCGGGAUAUGGUUGCAGUGUUGGAAAAGUUAAUAUAGGAGCAGUAGCAUAUGCUGAUGACAUCUGUCUCUUAUCUGAGUCCUCAUAUGGCUUACAACAAUUACUACAUAUUUGUUCUACAUUUGCUGUUGAGAGGCACUUAGUGUUUAAUUCUUCUAAGACAAAGUGUAUUCGUUUUGUCUCCAGUAGAGCAUCAUGGUUGUCAACUUUGCCACUACCUAAGCUGAUUCUCGAUGGGAAUAUCCUGGACUUUGUUCAAAGCUGGAAACAUCUCGGGCAUAUUCUGUGCGCUGAUAUGAAAGAGUCAUUGUCAAUUGAGUUUGAAAUGAAGAGGUUUUUGUCGUCCUUCAACUCCUUUUACCAUCAAUUUAAAGGAGCCACUCCGAUUGUGUUAUGUUGUUUAUUACAAGCAUUUUCAGCUGUGUUUUAUGGGUGUCAGUUGUGGUGUUGCAGUGAUAGUCAACUACAUAAAGUACGUGUAGCGUGGAAUGAUGAUAUAAGAAAAAUUUGCAAUGUCAGAAGAAAAGGAUGUCAUGUCGAUACAAUGAUUAAUUCCACCGAUCUUUUGCCUUUGCCCGAGAUGCUGAGGAAACGAAAGCUACAGUUUUUGUCUUCUCUAAUUCAGUCUGAGAACAGUGUUAUCGCGUACAUUUCGUCUCCUGUGUAUAAUUCUCAGCAGUCAUCCUUUUUACUUCAUGUCGGGAAUGGGAAUUGCAUUACUGCCAAAGCCACACCAUGGUACUGUUGA